CCUCACUGUAGGUCUCGGUUCAGCCCUCAUUGGAAGUCUUCCUUGAUCAGAACGACAUGGGACGACUCGAUGCGAUUCCGAAAUACCUUCUGACCGACUGCGGGUUCACCGCAUGACAUGAUUGGACAGGACAAUACGAUGGGAUUCGUCCUGUUGUUUGGUGGACAUACCUCAUCAGUGACUUGCAACUCUCGUCAGUGGAAUCGACAGCGCAGUUGCGCCAGAUGUAUCCGGAGCCUCUCUUACCCCGCCUGAUAGGGGUUCCGACCGGCGCGACUGCGAUUAAAUCACACGAUCUCCCUGUGUCAAUCAUGCAAUCGUCAUUGUCUACACCAACGACACUCGAAAACCUGCUCGAGUAUCUACUGCUCGCACUGACGACUAAUGGCGCAUGUUUAACACGCCCGCUCUCAUGAAUUCAAGAGCUAUCAACUCCGUGGGUUCUUCUCGGAUGUAGCUUUGUAGCUGCCAGACGUCUGCCUCUCCAUGUUGAUUUAGGGUCUCCGAACUGUGGCGCUCCGGGCGUCUCACUCGCUCGGCUCCACUCCCACUCACGGUCUCUGAAAACAGAAACCCUUAGCACUGCGCCAUCCUCUGCUCCGAAGAACACACGCCCCUUACUCGGGAAAGCCGUUGAAUCUGUCGGGGUGGAUAUUAAACCCAAAGGUCGCUGGACGUCUGUGACGCUGUCCUGUCAUAUAUAUAUCAAGACUAGCUGGCAAUCAAGUUCCGUGUCCCUCACUCCCUCGUCGAGCCAUGGAGUCUCCGAACGAUUCUCCGAUAACCUCUCUCUCCGAGUAUGCCACGUUCCCUCAACGCAGCUCUCCCAGCCCGAUGGACCCCGACAAGAGGGAGGAAUCGGAUCGAUUCAAUCUCGAGCGCACUGUACCACCGACGCACAGACAUCGCACUCUCGUCCUCGCGUUCGAUGGGACAGGGGACUGUUUCGACGACGAUAACUCGAACGUGGUGAACUUCUUCUCGAUGCUCAAGAAGGACGACUGCGAACACCAGCUGGUCUACUACCAGGCAAGUCGUCCGCUCAGCAUCGCGGGGAUCGGGACGUAUUCUGUCCCGGAAAUUGCCCACCCGUUCAUGGCGAAGCUCCACCGCACCAUCGACGCCAUGCUCGGCCUACAUCUGAACGCACACGUCAUGGGCGGAUACGAGUUCCUGAUGCAGAACUAUCAGGCGGGUGACAAGAUCUGCCUAUUCGGCUUCUCCCGUGGCGCCUAUGUGAACCGCGCGGGCAUUGGCGGGAAUGUCGGUGUCCCACGCUCGAUCCGCGAUGCUGCAAAUUCUGAAGAGACAUACGAUUCCAGGAUCCACAAGGUCGGCCUAUUGCCCAAAUGUAACCACCAACAAGUAGCCUUUGCGUACAAGAUGUACUCGCGGGAGGACGAAGUGGGCUGGCGCCAGAGCACAGCGUUCAAACGCGCGUUCAGCAUCGACGUCGAAAUUGAGUUCCUCGGGGACACCGUAAGCUCAGUGGGCUUCGUCCCGCGCCGCUUGCCAUUUACGAGGAACAACACGAACGUGCGGUACUUCCGACACGCGAUCGCACUGGACGAGCACCGGGCUCGGUUCCAGCCCAACUUCUGGCACCGCCCGUCGCCCGAUGACCUGCUCCUCGGCGUCCAGAAGGGAGAGAUGCCGCGCUCUCGGCACACGCAGAAGGUCCGCGGCAAAUCGCUCGACGAUCUGGAGCGACAGUACUCGAUCGCAGCGGAAUUCGAGACGGACAUCCAGGAAGUGUGGUUCGCGGGUUGUCACGCCGAUGUCGGCGGCGGUGCGCUCCCGAACAACGCUCGCAACAGUCUUGCCCGGAUAUCACUCCGGUGGAUGAUCCGCCAGUGCUUCGUGGUGCGCACGGGGAUCAUGUUCCAUGCAGAGAUGCUCCGCAUGGCCGGCAUCGACCCGGAUCGGCUGUAUCCGCACGUCCUGCCCCGCCCUCCUCCGAUUAUGCCGGACCCAGACGACGAGCGCAUGCAAGGCAGCACGGAGAUUAAGGGGAAGGUCAUCGCUGACCGGGACUUCGUGAGCGAGGAAGAGGAGGAUCUGGCGGAUGCCAUGACGGCGCUCAACGACGAGCUCUUGCGGCGGAGGAUCUGGUGGUUCCUCGAAUGGUUCCCGCAGAAGCUCAGAUUUCAGGAGAAGAACGAUACGUGGACCAAGGCGAUGAUAAUACAUCGCGGCCGGGGACGCCAUGUCCCCCGUCAGACCACGCACGGAGUGCAUAUCCACCGGACCGUCAAGAUGCGGAUGGACGCGCUGGGAUACAACCCGAGAGCGAACAUCAAGGCAACCACAGAUCCUAUCUGGGUGGACUGAAAUCAUGGCCUGUGGAUCAAUGUAUGAGUUGGAGGAAAAAUUGUGGAUGGAAAUAUUUAUUUGAGGAUUGCCGGAGCUCAAAGUGGUUGGAUGUUAAUAGGAAAAUCGUGCGCCCACGAUAAGUUGAACAACGAUCACGUGCUGCUCCCGGUCAAUCCACCGACAAACACUUGCAAAUACUCAUUGUUCUCCCCACAAUGCGCGCUCACUGCCCGCAGCCAUUGUCCGAUACAUAAUGGUGAUACCCGUAUAAGAACCACAGGCGAGUCUGUGGGACACCAAGACUCUCGGUCUCUUACCUCCUGCGCUUCUGCACCGCUCUUCCGUUUCGCUUGUUUCGACGUUUCUACCUGCUCGACCUUCACAUUCCCAUUCCCAUUCUACGUCUACGACCUUCACGCUUGACACGCUAGACUUUGCAUUCAUCGCCGGACGAUACCUCACACAGAUCCAAUUGUCACGACCAUGUCUUCAUCCUCGAACGUCUCCGCCGUCGCGCACGUCGUGGCCUACCUCACGAACCCCCUCCGCUCUAUGCAGACCAUCCCGCACACCAGCAUCACAUCCGCGCAGGUCAUCCUGACCGCGUCCCUCUCCGGCACGCGCGCACCGUGCACCACUCUCACUCUGACGCUCGCGACGCCCCCGCCGGCGGUGUUCGCGGCAUCGAUUGGGUCGAACAUCCCAUGGGCCGUGUGGUUCGCCGCGCUCGGUGGGCAGACGGACGAGACGAUUUCUGUCGUGUUCGGGCCGCGGUUCGUCAAGGCGCGGGUUGGCAACGGCGCAGUCGUCGAUGUGUGGAGGUGGAGCCUUUCGAAUGGUGGGAGUGUUCAGCAGCAGCAGCAGAAGAAAGCAGCCAAGGUGCAGGAUGCUGCUGCUGCCGACGACGAACAGCCGACUCUUUUGCGGCUCCGAGCGACGUUGUUCGCCGCGCGCAUGCGGACCAUGCGCCGUCAGCCUCUAAACGAUGACGCCGCCAGCAGCAACAGCAGCAGCUCGGAUUCUGAAAGUGACUUUUCCGACUCUGAAAGUGAUACCGCUUCAUCCGUGACCUCGUACCGACUUUCCUCUCCCGUCCAAAAGUCUGCACCUGCGACAGUCAGGCCCACUUUCACUCGUCGUCUGCCCGCUCCCUCGGCUGCUGUGCAGCAGCGCCCGGCCAAACCGACCCCGAAGGUCUCUUACCUGUACCAGGGCGGCGUGACUCGUGUCAUGACCGGCGGUGUCAUGCUCGGUGGUGCCCGCUCCUGAAGAUCUCAACGACCAACGACUUGAGCCUUUCUCCCGUCUCUUAUAUGAUGUAUCCCCCAGUUCCAGUCCGUUCCUCUUCCUGUAGCUCGAACCUUUCAGCUUAGAAACCUGUACUUUGUAGUCUCCCUCGAUGAUCCCGCUGUAUCUUUAUUCCUUUGCUAUCCGACAUGGUCCUUUUGAGUUCUACCAUCAUUUAGCCCAGCGUUCGGCGUGGAUCCAGACUGUCGAUGCAAAAGCAGGGCCAUACAGCACGCGCUACUAUGUAGUGCUCAUCUGCUGACGAGAACGUUCCGCUCAAAGAGAUCUGCCUCAUCGUCGCAGUCUUGCCUCCGAGUCCCCUCCCACGUGGCGAUCCCCCGUCAUUUCAUUUUUCUAGCUCUCCUAUGGAACAGGGUGAUUCCAUUGCACUUCGGCAUUGAGUGCUCUACCCGUGAAUCUUUGCAACAGGAGAAAACCUUGGCGCUGGACACGCAGGCGGUAGAUCGGGCGCCGGGGUGGACGCUGAACAAACCGACUGCAGCCUAUGCACGCUUUCGCUGGAGGACAUGGCACGGCUGGUUGGGAUUCCAAGCGAAGGUAAAGUUCGAGGGCUGCUCCUGAGCAUUGCGAAUCGGAGCAUUAAUCCAGCUUGGGCAUGUGAUUGCGAAUUUCGAAGAGUUGCAGCACAGUUCUGACACGGCGGCGGUGUCCGAGAUAACCAACCGUUCUCGUCACCAUCCGCAGUCAGUUGGGGAUUUAUCAUUCUUUAUUCCGAACUACGAACACGUCUCACUUUCGCUGGGCAAGAACCGACCUGCUCGACCUCCUCGAAAAUGCCGUUGGUCUUGACCAAAUCCACUCGAUACGUGAUACUCGUCCUGAGCUUGAUCCUUACCUCGCACUUCCUCCUCUCCGCCACCCACGAGCCGUACAACCGCGCGACGUCCAUCUCCUCCCUCACCGCCGGGUGGCGCAAAGAGCAAUCACAAAGCACUGACUUGGCGGUCCCCGAGCAACCUGGGAUCGAGCCUCUGCCGAAAUGGGCCAUCGGAGGGCACAGCGGGAACUCCACGCGCGCGAACGCCACGUUCGUCAUGCUCGCGCGGAACAGCGACGUCAACGGCGCCGUGCAGAGCAUCAGGAGCAUUGAGGACCGGUUCAAUGAGAACUAUGGGUACCCGUAUGUGUUUCUGAACGAGGAGCCGUUCACGGACGACUUCAAGAAGCGGGUCUCCGCAGUCACUCGUGCCCCGGUUUCGUUUGGCGUCAUUCCUCAUGACUUUUGGUAUCAGCCGGACUGGAUCGACGAGGCCAAGGCUAAGGCAGGCCGCAAAAAGCUGCAGCACCAGGGGAUCAUCUACGCCGGGAGCGUGUCCUACCGCAACAUGUGUCGCUUCAACAGCGGGUUCUUCUUCAAGCACGAGCUCCUGCUCCCGUACAAGUGGUACUGGAGGAUAGAGCCCGACGUGCACUUCCACUGCUCGCUCACGUUCGAUCCGUUCUGUACAUGGAGGAGCAGAAGAAGGUGUACUCGUUCACGAUCGCUCUGUACGAGUGGGCGCCGACGAUCCCCACGCUCUGGGACACCGUCAAGGAUUUCAUGAAGAAGUACCCAGAGUACGUGGCACCGCAGAACGCCAUGGGCUUUGUCAGUGACGACGGCGGUGACGGAUUUAAUAUGUGUCACUUCUGGUCCAACUUCGAGAUCGCUGACAUGGACUUUUGGCGAGGCGAGAUCUACACCAAGUUCUUCGAAUUCCUCGAUGCGACGGGCGGGUUCUAUUACGAGCGGUGGGGCGAUGCUCCCGUCCACUCGAUUGCCGCUGCGCUCUUCCUGGACAAGUCCAAAAUCCACUUCUUCAAUGAAAUCGGCUACGAGCACCGCCCAAACCAACAUUGUCCCACUGACAACGACGUGUGGUCGAAAGGCAUGUGCGGAUGCGAUCCUGGCAAAACACACGAUUACAGUGGGAAUUCAUGUCAGAAGCAAUGGGACCGGAUCUUCGAGUGAUAUAUCUACUCCACUAAUGGACUUGUACUCUAAUUUAUCGGCUGUAGAAACUAGCGAUCAUGUCAGGGGUACUGGAUGCUGCUGCUGACUCGAGUGGGGAAUUGUGGCCCUAUGGACACACCUGCCUGUCACAGUAGACUGAACACAAACCAUCCUCAGGAGCAACCUUCUAGAAUGUUUACCUCAGAGGCUCAGGCUCUAGGAUAAGACCGAUACGUGGACUAAAGCAAUGAUGUGAGUGGCGACUGCAAAUGCUCUCGUUCAGCAUUCCACUCAGAUCCCGUUUGCUCCCAAUUUGGAUUGAUGGGAUGAUGCUGCCAGAAUAUACCGUGGCCGAGGACGCGAUGUCCCCCACGGUGAAAUUCGCAAGGAGUGCACAUCCACUGGACCGUGAAGAUGCGGAUGGACCCUGAGAUACAGCCCGAGGGUGAACAUCAAGGCAACCACGAACCUCGUUUGGGUUGACUGGAAUGAUGAACUGCGGAUCAGUGUACGAGUCAGAAUAAAA